ACCUAUCUUGGUUAAGCCCUUUUCUCUCUUCUCUCUCUCUCUCUCUGCAACCCAACCCUUCUCAGAAAGUGCAAAACAAACAUUACUAGAAUGCGAGUGAGCCCAAGAUUCAACCUUUCGAGCUUUCGCUUCUUGUCUUGAAAGAUAAUGAGCAGAGCCCCCUGCGUCUUCUUCUCCGAAGAAGAAGAUGGUUGCCCCAAUCCAGCUUACCCAUCACCAAAAUCCAAUCUUUGACGCUCUCUACUGCGAAGAGGACCCCAAAUUCGAGGAUCUCUCCGAGAUUGAAAAACCCCCUUCUGCGAUUCUCCUUGACCACGACUUUUACUGGGAGGAGCAGGAGCUUAAAAACCUGUUAAUCAAGGAGAAAAAUGAAAUCCCCUUAAUAAUCGAUGAAAUUGAUUCCGAUUCGCCUCUGAAAUCGGCGAGAAAUGAGGCUAUUACGUGGAUGUUGAAGGUGAUUCGCUGCUACGCCUUCAACGCCUCCACCGCUGCCUUGGCCGUGAACUAUUACGAUAGAUUUGUCACUAGCCGCUGCUUUCAAGGGGAGAAGCCAUGGAUGAGUCAGUUGGCUGCUGUCGCUUGUCUCUCUGUAGCUGCGAAAGUGGAAGAGACGCAAGUGCCCCUUUUGUUAGAUUUGCAAGUUGAAGAAUCUAAGUUUUUGUUUGAGGCGAAGACGAUUCAGAGAAUGGAGCUUCUUGUGCUCUCCACGCUCCAAUGGAGGAUGAAUCCGGUGACGCCGAUGUUGUUCGUCGACCACAUUGCCAGGAGAUUUGAGUUUGUAAAGAACCUACAUUGGGAAUUUUUGAGGAGAUGCGAGAGUGUGAUUCUCUCAGCCAUUGCUGAUUCUAGGUUGACUCGUUAUCUUCCUUCUGUGGUCGCUGCUGCAACAAUGAUUUAUGCAAUUAGAGAGAUUGAAGAUGAAGCUGCUGUGGAAUAUGAAGAUCAACUUAUGAUUGUGUUGAGAGCUAGCAAGGAAGAGAUUGAUGAUUGCCUCUCCCUCAUCUCGGAGGCAACUGGUGGUAUAAGCCAUAAAUCUUUCUUGAAGCGCAAAUUUGAUUCGAUUCCAAGCAGCCCGAGCGGUGUCAUUGAUGCCUACUUCAGCUCUGAUAGCUCUGUGGAUUCAUGGGCCUUUGCAAUGUCAGCAUCAUCUUCACCGGAGCCUUUGUUCAAGAGAAGCAGGGAUGUAGCUCCUCUAAGCAGCAUGUCUGCCGGCCUGGCUAAUCGCGCUACUUGAACUCUUCUAUUUCAUUAUAUUGGCAGUGGUACUUAAUAAUCACUCCUCUAAUGUUUUUUCAACUCAUAAUUUAGCUAAAUCUUGCAACAUUACUUGCUGUAUUUCUGACCUAUUCAUGUGAGAUGAUGGAUUAUACAUCCAAACAAUCGACUCCACCGCCUCUUUGAUUGUGGAUGGAGAGUGAAAUUGAAGAGAGAGGCUUGUUGAGGUUUUUUACCCUCUAA